AGAUUUUUAGAAACAGCUGUUGAGGAACUACAACAAUCUAGAGCAUGCUGUUUCCGGCGAUCUGUGUCACCCUGCUGCCUUUAGCACUGGCAUUUCCUAGCCACACCAAGGUCAAAUAUGACGGACACAAAGUCCUGGAGAUUCUACACGAUACCAAGGCGAACUUCAGAAAGCUGCAAGAAAUGGAGUUAAAAUUCGAUCUGGAUAUCUGGAAAAGCGCCAAGCACGUGAAUGACACUAUGCACGUGCGCGUACCCCCGCAACACCUUGACGCUUUCCUAGGCAAUCUGAGGGACAUGAAUGUACAAGUAUCAACCUUGAUCGAGGAUGUUGAAGAGUUGCUUCAAGGAAGUGCCCAUUCCAUGGACCACAGGCGGGCCAUAUUCUCCGGCGAUAGUGGAUACGACCAUACCGCGUAUCAUGGUUAUGAAUAUAUAAUGAAGUUCCUGGAAUUUGUGCAAAACGACGCAAAGAAAUCAGCGGACGUUUCUGCCGAGCUGUUUACAAUUGGCCAGAGCUAUGAGAACCGUAAUCUUACUGGUAUACGUAUCUUCUCGACCGUCCCUGGCGUUCGCAAAAAGAUCUUCAUUGAUGGUGCCAUCCAUGCUCGAGAGUGGAUUUCUCCCGCAGCUAUUAACUACCUCAUCGAUAAGCUUGUAUACACCGCCCCUGCCGACAUCAUCGUACUGCUUGCCAGAUAUGAGAUCUACCUGAUACCUGUACUCAACCCAGAUGGCUACGAAUUCUCUCACACGAACACUAGAAUGUGGCGAAAGAACAGAAACCCGCGCAUGUCUGCCUCGUGCCCUGGUGUGGACUUGAACAGGAAUUUUCCCCACCAAUGGAAUCCCGCGAUUGGUGGUAGUACCAACCCAUGCACGGACACGUACAGCGGAAAUAAUGCAGCGUCCGAGCCUGAGACCCAAGCACUGGUCACCUACCUCAAGGCCAAUGACUUCUUUGCCUACCUGACCGUCCACUCGUACGGACAAUUCUGGCUCUUCCCGUGGGGAUAUACCAGCGAAUAUCCGACCGACCGAUAUGAGUUGGAAACAGCGGCAAACGCUGGCACGAAUGCUAUGAAUAGGGAGACUCGCAGAAAAUGGAUCGUUGGAUCUUCGACAAAUGCACUCUACGCUGCGGCUGGUGGCUCGGACGAUUUUGCCAAGGGUGACGCCAAUAUCAAAUACUCGUACACCUUAGAGUUGCCGGACGCUGGAAGGUACGGGUUCCUAUUACCAGCCACCGAGAUCGUAGAUGUCGGCAAUGAAUUGCUUAUAGGACUCAUUGCGUUUGCAAACCACUUACACUUGAACGAUGUGGUUGGCUAGUGGCACUUCAUGAAUCCACAAAGAACGAAAAGAAACAACACGGCCAUUAAUUGAAUUUUAAAAUGAAUUGCAAUAAAUGAAAAAAAACAA